UCGACAAAACAAAUGAGAGGAUGUUAAUUCCCCUCCCCAGCUGCGUAGUGCGUUUGUCAUUUCCUCCCCAUAUCGCUGCGAUCUGGUGUGAGUCUUAAGUUUAGGGGGUUGAAUACAGGGCAAAGAGAACAGUAAAACAGGGGAGGGGUGAAAAUGCUGGCUGAGUGCAAAAUACCUUAGGCGUGGUUUUCUAUUCUUUCCUUACACACUCCGAGGGUCUUUGGAUCACAGAAAAGGCAGGAAAAAGCAGCAGUAAGUGCGGAGCAGGAUUUGUGACCAUCUAAAAGUCAACCAAAUCAGGUUUAAAGUGACUGGAGGAACAUUCCUAAACAUGGCGACUCUCAGCAGUAAGAAUGAGGAAAAUUCGACGGAGGUUCAACACAAUGCCAGCAUAAAGAAACCAGAGGAUCCUACCGAUCUGACAUCUGACAAACUGCUCCCACAAGAUGUGUUGUGUGACUCCUGCGUGGACACUCCCAGCAAGGCCCUAAAAUCCUGCCUGACCUGCCUGGUUUCUUACUGUGAGGCCCAUCUCAGACCACAUCUCCAGAACACCAGAUUUCAAAACCACCGUCUUGUGGAUCCCCUCCUCGACAUUGACUGUCGGACUUGUGAGGUUCAUCAGCUUCCUCUCGACCGCUUCUGCCUGAUGGACAGCUGCUGUGUGUGUCUGGACUGCGAGAGCCAGGAGCACAAAGGGCACACAAUUUCAUCUGUAGGGGAGGCCCGCACACAGCUUGAGACUGAGAUGCAGAAGAAACAAGAAGAGAUCAGUCAGAGUACCUCAGCAGCUGAAAGGGCAAUUGAAAAGCUGCAGAGCAACAAUGACUUAAUUAAGUCUUCAGUGCAGGAGAUAUGUGUACUCAUUGAACAGCAGUUUGCCAGGAUGCAGACGACUGUGGAGGAGGCCAGAAAAGGGGCGGUGGAGUUUCUGGAGGGAGAGCAGAGACAAGCCCUCAGACAGGCCAAUGGAAUCCAGGCACAUCUGGAGCAGAGGAGAUCAGAGCUGAUGAAAAUGUUGGCUCAAAUGAACAAAAUGUCCAGGAGCAAGUCUGAUGUCGACUUCCUGCAGGAGUACUCGGAAUGGAAGAAAAGAGCGGCAGAUGUACGUCUGCCCAGUGUGUACAUCAACCGCAUGGACCAUUUAACCUCUUAUGUCAACGUAGUGACUGAUGCUACACAGGAGCUGUGUGAUCUGAUUCUCUCCUUCUACAGUGACAAACUGAGCGUGUUUUGUAAAGGCGGUACUAAAUCUCCGAUGCCAGAUUCUCAGCUUUCAUCCCUGCCUGAUCCUGAGACGCGCAAGGACUUUUUGAAAUACACAAGGAGUUUGACCUUUGACACAGACACCACCCAUCAUUUCUUACGUUUAACUGAAGACAACAGAAAGCUCAACAACACCAGCCCCUGGCAGCACAACUACCUAGAACACCCUGAUCGCUUUGAGUAUUGGCGGCAGGCGAUGACUUCACAGAGUGUUUACUUGGGCAGGCACUACAUUGAAGCAGAGCUGAGUGGGGAAGGUGCUCACGUGGGAGUCGCAUACAAGAGCAUCGAUCGUAAGGGAGAACAAAGCACCUGUUGCAUCACUGGGAAUAACUUCUCUUGGUGCAUUGGAAGGAACAGCCAAGGUUUCUUUGCCUGGCAUGCUGGUCUGGAGACGGCCUUGGAAGUUACUGAUAUGAAAAGAAUUGGCUUAUAUGUUGACUUUCACCAAGGCUUUGUGUCUUUCUAUGAUUUAACUGGUCCUAUGAGGCUGCUCCACAAGUACAAGGCUGAUUUCAUAGAGCCUUUAUAUGUUAUUGUCUGGCUGUCGAAGAAAGAUAAUGUAGUUUCUCUGGUAAAUGCAAAAUGAUGCCUCUUCCCAUGUUUUACUAACAAAUUACCAGCUGCCAUCACUGUGAGCUGGUAAAGAAAAAAGUAAUGCAAUAUAAAUUUUUAUUGAGGUUGCAUUACAAGGUAAAUAAAGUUG